GUUCUCUGUGGUUGUUCCCAGGCGGAUGCCAAAAAAAAAAAAAAAAACACCCCCAAACCAUCUUACUGCGCAAGCGCAGUCGUCAGCUGAAGGAGCCACGGAUGGAGCCGUCCGGAGGGCAGCAAGAGCCCGGAGCCGUCAGGCUCCUGGACCUGCCCUGGGAAGACGUGUUGCUCCCACACGUCCUGAGCCGCGUCCGGCUGCGACAGCUACUCCGGCUGCAGCGCGUCAGCCGGCCUUUCCGGGCUCUAGUGCAGCUGCACCUGGUGGGGCUGCGCCGCUUCGACGCCGCUGAGGUGGGCCCCCAGAUCCCAAGGGCCGCUUGGACCCGGCUGCUGCGGGACGCCGAGGGGCUGCAGGAGCUGCUGCUGUCACCGUGUCAUGAAUGGCUGUCCGAUGAGGACCUGGUGCCGGUGCUGGCGCGGAAUCCGCAGCUGCGGCGCGUGGCGCUGGUCGGCUGCGGGCAACUGAGCCGCCGCACGCUGGGGGCCCUGGCAGAGGGCUGCCCCCGCCUGCAGCGCCUGUCGCUCGGCCACUGUGACUGGGUGGACGGGCUAGCGCUGCGCGGCCUCGCGGAUCGCUGCCCGGCCCUGGAGGAGUUAGACCUCACCGCUUGCCGCCAGCUCAAGGACGAGACCAUCGUGUACCUGGCGCAGAGGCGGGGCGCGGGCCUUCGCAGCCUCUCGCUGGCCGUCAACGCUAACAUAGGCGACACGGCUGUCCAGGAGUUGGCUCGGAACUGCCCGCAACUAGAGCACCUGGACCUCACUGGCUGCCUGCGAGUGGGAAGCGACAGCGUCAGGACGUUGGCUGAGUAUUGCCCUUCGCUCCGAUCACUGCGGGUGCGGCACUGCCACCAUGUGGCCGAGCCCAGCCUGAGCCGCCUGCGGAAGCGCGGAGUGGACAUCGACGUGGAGCCUCCGCUGCACCAGGCGCUGGUGCUGCUGCAGGAUAUGGCGGGCUUCGCACCCUUUGUCAACCUGCAGGUCUGAGCGGCCUGCCGACCGAUAGGGGCACAGCUGGACUGUGUAUGGGGGGUGGGGGUGGGGGCUCCUGUGAUAGGUCGGUGCCCCACCCUGGAGCUUCAAAUAAAGAGCUUUGUACCCCCUCUGGCGUGGCGCUACUGCCCUGUUGGAGAUGGGGGCUGUGAGGUUGGCAGGGGAGGUCAGAC